CUCGCACAAACCUGAAAUAUCGGUGAAAGCUGGAAAGAAGGACGCAAAAAGUGCGCGUUCCGCAAAAUCUCGCUGACCAUCUAGGAGUUUUGGGGGACACUGUGGUGUAGGGUAGAGGGGAAGGAUAUGAACGUUGGCCACCCGACGACAAACAACCCGCAAAAGUGGCGAUUGUCAGCGAUAACCUGAGUUUUGAGCGCUAUUUCCUCCAGAAGAUGCAGCAAGUAGACGAUCCGCCCUAUUUAACCGUCGGGACGGAGGUCAGCGCCAAGUACAAGGGAGCGUUCUGUGAGGCGAAAGUGCGCAAGGUGGUGCGGAACAUCAAGUGCAAGGUCGCGUACAAACAGCAGGGCCUCGGGUCGGGCGUCGUGUCCGAUGACCAGAUCAAAGGGGCACUGCGUGUCGGGGCCACGGUCGAGGUACGCCAUCCGGAGCGCAAAGAGUACGUCGAGGCUACGCUGACCAAGAUCCAGGACUGCUCGCAGUACACGGUCGUGUUCGACGAUGGCGACAUCACCACCCUCCGCCGCAGUGCACUCUGUCUCAAGAGUGGCCGGCACUUCAACGAGAGUGAAACGCUCGAUCAGCUUCCGCUCACGCACCCGGAGCACUUCGGCAAUCCCGUCAUCGGUGGGCGCAGGGGGCGAAGAUCAAGGCAUCUGCUGCCGGAUGAUAGCUCAGAUGAGGACGAUGAACCGGCCACACAUUCGCGAUCGGCUGCUAGCGAUAAAGAGGAGAACAUCGGCAAGGUGGUGUGCGUCGAGACGAGCGAUAAUAAGAAGAAAAAUCCCAAAGAGAACUGGUUCCCAGGCCUGGUCGUGGCACCGACGGCCCAGGAUACGGUGCGCAUCCGGGUGAAGGAUGAAUAUCUCGUGCGCUCCUUCAAAGAUGGCCGGUACUACACCGUCCCGAAGAAAGAAACGACUGAGUUUACGCGCGACAGUGUAAACCGCUCGGAAGCGACCGCCGUAUCAGCCGCGAUCGAGUACAUGGACAACGAUGUGCUGCCACCGCACUGGGAUCGGGAAGCCCUCUUUGGGAUGUCCGGAAGUUGUAGCGAUUCGGAUCAGGAGCUCGAAACCGACAGCUCGGAUGAUGAGCCAACCGAGGAGAAGGAUCACUUCGUCGCUCAGCUGUACAAGUUCAUGGACGAUCGCGGUACGCCCCUCAACAAGGUCCCCUCCAUCAUCAACCGGGACGUGAAUCUGUAUCGGUUGUUCCGUGCGGUGCAGAAACUACACGGCUACAACCGUGUCACAAGUCAGAACCAGUGGAAGCAGAUUGCGAUCCGUCUCGGUUACCAGCCGGCCACCGUCAGCAUCACGAAUCUGGUGAAACAAGCGUACAAGAAGUAUCUGUUCUCGUUCGAGGAGUUCAACCGGAAGCUAGGCUGCACGAUGGUGCCCCAUCCGAAGACAAGCCGCACCAAGGGCCGUAGCUUAGUGCGGGCCAGUCUAGUGCAAUCACCGAAGUUACCAGAGAAAGAGGUGAAACUAACGGCUAAGGAGCGGGCAGCAGCCGCUGCUGCGGCUUCGGCUGCUGCUGCUGCCGCCACAAGUACCACCAACGCUUCCUCAGGUAGCUCCAGUUCAGCGGGAGCCGAUGCAGCAGCCGUCGAUGAAUCGGGCAACACGAGCGAAUCCAGUACUGCGGAGAGUGCCACGGCGCUAAGGCCAACAACCACAACGGCCACCGCCAGCAGCAAACGCAAGAUCGGUGGCAAGGUAAAGGCACUGGUCGACAGGUUUGAGGAGAAGGACACACCCAGGUCGAGCAGCAGCGAAUCGAAAGAUCGCAAGGAUCGCGAUUUGGACAAGCCACUGUCACAAUUGAUCGCUUCGAAAGCUAGUGGAGAUACCGGUUCUGGAGGACGCAAGGAUGACAGUAGCUCGACAGCCACAAGCUCGACUACUGCGACUACUGCUGCUGCUACCACUAGUUCGGCAAAGAAAGAGAAAGGUGGUCCAGGUGGAGCUAAAGCGUUGCCUAGCAGCGGCAGUGGAGUAAAGGUCGUUGAAACACUCGCAGAAAAGCGUGGCCGCAAGCGCAAGGAUGCGGACUCGGUUGACUCGAAGAAAGAUGAUCGUGAUUCGGUUGGAACGGCAUCUUCUUCUUCCUCCUCGGGCAGUACGAGCGGUGGCAGCUCCAACGCCAAUCCGACCGCCGGUACCUCGCCAAGUACGAAGCCAGAAAAGCUUUCAUCAUCUGCAAGUUCCAGUGGAGGUCCUGGGGGUGGUGGUGAUGGCAAUCGGCUUGUUCAUGGUAAUGUAGGAGGUGGUCCACCCGGUGGUGGAAGUCGUACGGCUAGCCCGCAUAGUAGUGCCACGACUCCCGACUUUCCCAUCGAAGCAGGCGAUAAGCUAAAGGUAUACUACGAUGAGCAGAAGGUAACGUACGAAGCAAAGGUGAUCGAAAUCGCCAUCCAAGAAGGCAGUCCCAUCUACCUGGUACACUACACUGGAUGGAACACACGGUACGACGAGUGGGUCCGUAAGGAGCGCAUUGCCGAAAACCUGACGAAUAGCAAACAAACGAAGAAAGGCAAAUCGUUGUCAUCGUCGUCGUCAUCGGGUAGUUCGUUACACAACAACAAUACGUCCACCGGUAAAUCCGGUUCCAGUGGACCGAACCCUCCGUCCUCGGGCGACAAAACGCCCAAACUCGGUAAACGUAUGCGGGGUAAUUCUAAUUCAGGUGGCGGUUUGACCCCGCGCUCGACAACACCGAACAUUGGACGAACGAAAUCACCGGCCUCGACACCCUCGAAUCGACGUCCACUGACACGUGGAGGUGGUGGUACGGCCGCGUCAGCCGGCGGAGCUGGUCAAUCGAUCUCCUCUUCCACGACGGCGGCCGGUCGCCGUACGUCGAACAAUACCGACAUCUCAUCUUCACUGUCCGUACCGACCGAUCCGGAUAGUGAUAGCGAUUCCGACGAGCCGAUGAUGAAAAAGUGCACCACCAACAGCUCCACCUCGUCGACCACCUCGUCCAAUUCGUCCAUCUCGAUCUCGUCGACGAGCACGAAAAUCCGAUCCGAGCUGAAGGGUUUUAAGGAACUAAAAUCACCGGGAUCACCGGCAUCUGAUACUACCACGACGACGACGACGACCACCACCACUGCCCCCGGUGACGGUACUACAACAGGUGCAGCAGCUGGUGGUGGUGCACCGGCGUCCUCCACUAGCAAUCCUUCAUCCAACGUGACAGUUGAAGGUAGCAUAGCACCAGCAACAGGUCGGCAGAAAGGGCAGCUUAAGACGGGAACGCUGAAACGGGGCUCUCCCGGCCAUAGCGUAGUGAAAGAGGAAGAAUCGACCGUCACGGAGGAAGAGGAAGAGGACGAACCGGCCAAAUCGUCCGAAUCGGAGCCAACACUGAGCGAAGAGGACUCGUCACAGUCUUCGAACAAAGCCUUCUCCAGCUCACCAAUCACGACCAUGGUGGAUUCGGAUACAGCGGAAACGCCACUCAUUGCCGGUGCUGCCAGCAGCGCGAUGAGUCCCAAGUCCCUGGAUCGUGAUCACCAGCAGCAGCAGCAGCAGCAGCAACAGCAGCUUCAGGACGAUUCCUCUUCGAACGACGUACCACUUGUGGUACGGGGUGCAAGUUCCACUAUCGGCCCGACCAGUGGCGCCGAUGUUAAGGGUGCACCGAUCAGCGUAAAGAAGGAGCCACCCGAUGAUGGAACGAAAAUAAAGUGUGAGGCGGAUGCAGCGGACGCGUUGAAUGCAAAACCACCGAUGAAAACGUACGGUACGGCCGCUACCAUCAUUGCCAACUCGGAGAAGAUGGCAUUCUGCAGCUUGCGUGAUGUUAGCGCAGAAGGAGGAACAGCAACAGCAGCAGCAGCAGCAGCAGGCGCUGGUGCAACGAGCAGCAUAAAAUCGGAACAACAGGAUCCCUCGACGGAAGCAACCUCGAAAGAGGGGAAAGUGAGCAUGGAACCAACAGCGACCGCGGACACACAGGCGGCAUUGAAGACGACAAAGAAGGAAACAGAUUGCGAUGACAAGAAGCCCCUUUCCUCCUUUGUGUCGAGUAAGGUCGGGUCCUUAUCACCUGCUUCAAAUCCUCUGGCGAAACCGGUAGUAAUGGUAGUAUCGGCGGCGACAGUGAAGAGCGAAAGCAUGAUCAUCGCCACAGGAUCAACGCCACACAGCGUUAUUACGACUGCGUCCGCCGCGAUCGUUGGAUCCGCCGGUGGUGCUCAGGCCAAGAUGCUGAAGGUCUCUUCUUCCUCUACUUCACCACCCAAGUCGACUACGACAGAGAUUACCGGAGAAAACGCGAGCUCAGUGAUCAUCAGCAAAUCGCCGUUAUCCUCCAGUACGAUCACUGGCGGCGUGGUGUCAACGCCAACCGCUCCCCUGUCGAUGGCUCACGCGGCCGGCAGCAGUAGCGCCACACUGGCCGCACUACGUGCCGAGAAGAAGCUCCUUAACCCGGCCAAUACAACGCUCUCCUCCUCCUCAAUCACCUCAUCAUCACUGUUUGGUGAGAAGAAGGGCUCACUGGGCACCAGCACGUCGGGCAUGCCCGGAACGAAAGGCUUGGCCGGUGCACCGAUGGCAGAGAAGAAACACUUUUCCUCUUCCAGCACGCUUACGCCAGCCCAGAACAAGCUGCUCAGUAAGGAAGCGCUGUCGAUCAAAUCGAUCUUCGAAUCGUCGGCGGCCACCCGGAUGGACGAGAAGAUCUCGGAUAUUUACGAGUUCAAGGAGGCCGAAGAUGAGUUCGAUGAGCAGGAACAGGGAACGACGGGAUCAUCGACCCGGAAGCUCGUAUCCGAUGUUCCACCGGCUGAAGUGGUUAGCUCGCUGACACUGGCAUCCGCGGCUGGCUCAACCGCUUCCACCACCGGCAGUGGAUUGCUGCUGGACGAUAAGCGGAAGAAACCAUUGCAACGCAAAAUGCCACACACGGAGCUACUGAUGCCAUCCGAGCCGUCGACCGGUGCAGCAGGAACAGGAAGCAGUUUCGGUGGAAUGAAGCGAAUGAAGAAGGUAUCGCCAAUUAAACCGACGGACACGGGAACCACUCUUGGCGCAGGUGAUGCGUUAGUGAAACCAACUAAAGGACCCAUGCGCCGCCCGGAAGUGAAGGAAAAGGACGAUCAACAGAAAUUAGGUGCCAGUGCGAGUGGAGCAUCUGAGCAGCAGACUACCGUCAUUAGCGCUGACAAGUCGUCAACACCGCAGAAGGCGACCGUUACACCUGUCUCGGCUGGAGUCUUGCAGAUGUCUACUGCUGGCUCGUUAACAGCAAUGGCGGGAGGUGGUGGUGGUGCUGCUGCCGCUACUUCUAACGUUGCAAUAACGACCACACCGUUACGGUUUGAUUCAACGUUUGAUGUUCUCCGAAAAUCACCGAGCUUCAAUUUGGUCAGCGUACCGGGACAACAAGGUGCUUCUGGUGCUGCUGGUGCCAAAGAGGAUUCAUCCCGCGAGGAAGCGGAUAUUAAACCGGCGCACCCAACACCAACGUUGCCUGGUAUCUUCACACCCGUUGGCACGAUCACUGGCGUAGGAACAGGAGGAGGAGGAGGAACUGGGUCAUCCGGAGCAUUACUAGCGUCGAGUUGUGCGUUGGAUCGUUCCGGAGGCACGUCCACGUUGCUGUUGGGCAAAGGAUCUUCCCCGUCCGCUGCCGUCCUGCUGGCAAUGGCGGGUAAUGAUGAUAAGCAGAAGGAAGAACCGACGCUGGAGAACUGCAAGAAGUACUUCAACGAUAUGAACUUUGAGUUCGAUGCACCGACGGUAAAAAAGCCGCCCUCGAUUGCCGAUAAGGUGCUGAAGGCGCUCAGCCAACAGCAGCAGCAGCAACAGCAGCAACAGCAACAGCAGCAUUCCCCGGCGAUCAAACAAGAGAAACCAGACCAUGUGACGCUAAAGUACAUGCCACUGCAUCACCAUUCGCCGCUACACAGUAAACCGCCGUACGUCGUGAACACUAGCACGACCGCAAGUGGAGGAGCCGCACAAGAAUCUUUAACCAACGUCGUGUCAUCCGCUGCUACGUUCGUACCUGUAACCGGUGGUGUGACUGUAUCACACACACCGAUCAAGCUGGAAUCAACGCAUUCCAGUGUGGUCGCAUCGACGAAAUCACCCGCCUCGGGCAUAUCGUCCACCGAACCACAUCAAGCCACCGCGUUGGUGUCUGCUACGCUCAAAAAGGAAUCGGAACCGUCGCUCGAUGGAACGGUGAAGGUGGUGACGCCCGGUAAAAUCAGUCAGCUGACUGUCGUCAGCGGUGGUGGACCUAAACACUCAUCCGCGUUACCAUCCGGUGGGCCACAACUAUCGUCGAGCACGGCUCACCAGCUGCUGGAUCACAUGCUACCGACAGCACGAAGCAGUAACGAUUUGACCGAAUCGAUCCGGAAGCUGGAUGAUCCACGGUUCCUGCACGAUGACGAAUCGACCGAUAGCAACGAUUCCGAGCAUCGGCUCAUCAUUGAGGAUGCGGAACCGCAGGGCAGUGGGGAACCAUUGCCUCCGCCUGGAGGAGCGAUACAACAUCCCAGCAGCAAUAGCAGCACGAGCUCAACCACCACCACAAGCACACCCACCGUAGCGUCGGGCCUUCCCUCCGGAACAACGGCAUUGAUCGUCCGCUACGAUCACCCAACGAAGCACCAGACGACGAAUGUUAUCGCCAAGCGAGAACUGUUUGAUGAUAAACCACCGGUAACGGCGUCAGCAGCAGCAGCAGCGGCAGCAUCGCGCGGUACGACAUCUGGAUCGUCGAUCACGCACGAGAUGGCAUCGGCUGCUUCGGCAGCGGCCGUCGCCGCCGUUGCCGAGAAGGAGAAGAUCGUGUUCCGUCAAGACCAAGCCGUCUCCGUGUCCGGUAGCAACAAGGAAUCUCCUGGCUCGCAGUCGCAAACCGUACGCACGUCCGUGUCCUCUAGUGGGCCAACUGGAGGUAGGGAGAUCGAAAAGAAACUGUCCAGCGGUGCGAAGCAUAACAUCCUGGAAACGAUCAUACAGAGUGAGCUAAACACGGUGAACCGUGGUCUCGGAUCGGAGAGCUUCCUUAAGCUGAAAGAACAAACGGAACAUCAGGCAGAACUGGAUCGUUUGCAGCAACAACAGGCACAGCAGCAACAAAUGGCUGCCGCUUCAUGCGCUACCAGCUCGGUACCACCUUCUACCUCAUCGACCGCAACGUCAGGAACAAGCAUUCAAGCAGAUCCACUUGCAAUCGAUGAUAAGUCAUCACUGCAGCAACAGCAACAGCAACAGCAACAGCAGCAACAACAGGCCAACAAUGAAUCUCUCUCACUGUUGCUGUGCGAAGAAACGAUUCCGGGUUCACCGGCACCGAAGGAUCAGGAUCGGUUGCCACCGGUCAAUACGGGGCGUAAGGUGUACGCGGAGACACCGCUCGGUGUUUCGUCCACCUUCCUAGCACCGCCACUACAAAACAUGCAGACGGCGGCCACCGACCUGAAGCCGGUACCGAUGGACCUUGAACCGCCCGUCGUAACGAUUA